GCACAUUUCAUGAUGUCACAUCUAACUGCCAGUUGUCUUGGCAGCGAAUUUGUCCAAAUCAUUGUUGGUCCCGAACUUGAAGAAUUUUUCGUCCAUAAAACUUUCAUCAGAUCGUCCUGUGACUUCUUCGAAAGAGCUUUUAAUGGAAGAUUCAAGGAAAGUGUCAAGAACAAGAUGUUUCUUCCUGAGGAUGAUCCGGAAGUUUUCGAAAUCUUCGUCAACUGGAUGUAUUCCGGGCAUCUCAGAGGAGGAUUAAAAGAGGCUAUGUUGAUCAUUGAUAUCUGGAUCUUUGCCCAGAAGUGCCAAGCUAUAACCCUGAAGAACUGCGCCAUGAAUGCUCUACAAGAUGCGCUUGGCAAUGAACAAAUGGGCCGUUUUCCACUAUCUAAUUCUGAGGUUAUGCGCAUAUACGAGAACACAGAAUGGGAUGAUGAGUUGCGAGUAUUUGCGGUAGCGAUGCUAACGUGGGAGAUUCAGUUCGGAGAUCAAGAAGAUGUUGAUAAUCUGGAGAGCAUAUUUGAGGAAGUGAAUGGAUCAUUUGAAGAAGCUUCACUGUUCACAGAAGAACUAGAAGGACAGCCUGCUGCCGAUCCUAGAGUUCGAGGCGGCCGUUUUGAUAAGUGUGCGUUUCACGAGUAUAACGACAACGAACAAUACAUUUGUCUUGCAGCCGUAAACUCUCAUCAAUAUAGAAGCAUACUUUAGUGGAAUUAAAGUGCA